CAUUUCUUUUUUUCAAAUCGAAAACAAACCCUAUUUACCCCAAUUUCGGUUUUUAGGGUUACACUUUCAUUGUCAUUAGAAAUUUGAUCAUCAUCACUGAUCACAAGACUGUUCUUUCAGCGUCACCCUCAAUUAAUUAUUGUUUGAAACUUGCGGGGUUAAGAAGCAUUUGUAUCUGCCCUUUCAAAUGGUAUCUAGUGGUGAGGCUCAGCUCGCAUCUCGUGGAAAGAAAAGGAAACAUGGAAAGAAAAGGAAACAUGAGAUGGAAGAUAAUGAUGACUCUGUUGUAGAGGGUGCUAGGCCAAAAGAAAUUCAAGGGGAAAAGGAUGUGGAGCAAAUGACAAAGAGUGUUGAACCGGAGGAUCGUAUCUCUCAGUUGCCUGAUCAUGUCAUCCAUCACAUUCUUUCCCUCCUUCGAAAUGUGAAGGAUGCAAUCCGGACCAGAAGUCUUUCUACGAGAUGGAGAACGGUAUGGUUUUCCUAUGCGGCGUUGGUUUUUUAUGAACAAAAGUUUGUUGCAGGAAUUGGACCUGAAGAUGACGGUGAUAAGGAAAAAAUGUUUAGACAACAUGUAGCUGACUCUCUGUUAACAUACACUGAGAAAAAUUUGCAGAUACAUAAAUUUUUGCUACAUAUGACCUCCUUUGACUUAACAGAUGCUCCACUUGUGGACAACUGGCUAACUGGUGCCAAGGCACAAGGCAUCAAAGAACUAGAUCUCCAUAUCGGCUUCAAGGAUAACAAGCGCUAUACUUUACCAGAAGUUGUCUUUAUAUCUGAAACUUUGACGGGACUAAGGUUAAGUGGUUGCAUAUUGAAAAGUUGGAGUGAAAUAAUGCUUCCUCGUCUGCAGAAGCUUUAUCUACGGAAAAUUCACCUAGUUGCGCACAAUUUUACAAGUCUGAUCUCCUCUUGCCCAUCAAUUGAGGAUUUAAGAUUGAUACAGUGCUCGGGUUUGAAAUUCUUGUUUAUGUGUCAUUCCAGUCUCAGUAGGGUUGAGAUCCACAACUGCAAUCAACUGAAGGAGGUUUGUAUUUUUGCUCCUAAUCUGGAGACAUUUUGGUUUUGUGGCAAGAAAUUAACACCUUGCAAAGUUAGUUUGGAGCACUGUAAAUCUCUAAAAAAGUUGACAAUAGAUCAUCCACAAGUGUCUCGUGACUUAUUAAGUGACAAUAAGUUAUACAAAUUUCCUGUACUGGAAAAAUUGGAUCUAUGCAUUUCUGAUAAGAUGAAAUCUAUUUUGAUCGCUGGCCGUUGUCUUCAAAGAAUUGUUUUAAAAGGAUGCAAGAAAUUGAGUUAUGGUCAAGUAGUUGCUCCUAAACUUGCUUCUUUUGAGUUGAAGGGUGAAAACAUGCCUUACUUUGACUUUUCCCCUUUCUGCCUCACGGAUGCCAAACUUUCUCUUCAAUCUAAAACUGGCCGUAGUGAUGUUGGACUUGGACUUGGUAAAAAACUGUGGUUUUCGGUGGAACCUUUUCUAUCGAAGUUCAAUCGUGAAGGAUUUAAAUUGAUUAUGCAUUCUAGUAAGCAUAUUAUUAUUCAUGAAGAUUUGAGCAGCAUCAAAUACCCUCCUUUGCAUGACCUGAACUUUGAGAUUAUCAAAUCAUCAGCAUGUGUCAAGGAUAUUUUGAAUGGUUUAUUGCGGACAUUGCACCCAGAAUCUGUAUCUAUAGUUUCUUCCUCUGACAGCAAAUUCGCUGAGUCGGUGUGUGAAAUGAUUAAGAUCAAAGAUGAGGAUCCAGCUUGUUGCAAUUAUAACACUUCAAAAAAUAAAUGCUGGCGGCAUUUCUUGAAUGAUGUCAAGUUUGAGGUCGAGGAUUUGGAAGACAUGCUUUAUGUUGGAGCCUCUGAAGACGAAAGUACUUCUACUUUCUAUGUUUGGUUGCAUCUGUCAUAUUUGGCACCGAGUGAGAUAACUAAUCUGAAGUUAUCAUGGAAUUCUCCUGAACCUGAUGUGGAAGCAACAGGUAAGAAGAAGAGUGUGAUAGUUGGACCAUGGGGAGGCAAUGGUGGGACUAGUUGGGAUGAUGGAACUUUUACAGGGAUAAGAGAAAUCAAGCUAGUUUAUGAUCGUUGCAUCGACUCAAUUUGUGUAGUUUAUGAUAAGAACGGUAAGCCUUUUGCAACUGAGAAACAUGGAGGUGUUGGAGGCAACAAAACAGCUGAGAUUAAGCUACAAUACCCGGACGAGUAUUUGAUCAGUGUAAGCGGAUACUACUAUCCGGUUGUUCGCGGUGGUUCCCCGGUUAUUCGAUCAUUGACAUUCAAGAGCAACCGGAGAAUCUUUGGACCAUAUGGAGUUGAAGAAGGGACACCAUUCACUUUCUCAAUAGAUGGAGGCCAAGUUGUGGGUUUUAAGGGACGAGGAGAUUGGUAUUUGGACUCAAUUGCCUUUACUUUGUCUAAUGCACCUUCAAAGUCUCUUCUUCAGAAAGUGCAGAAAGGCUUGUAUAGGCUUACAAGCAUUGCUCCAAAAUCUAAAUCUUCCAAGGCUGGUUAGAAGACUAUGGGAAUUUAAGCCUCUAGCCUCAGUUUUAUGUAAUUGGUUUGGCUAUAUUGUGUGUCUUUUUGUUGCUUAUAUUUUCUUGAAGCUUGUAAUACUAUGAGAAUCGCUUGUGACACUCACGUUAUAAUGUCGGUGAAACUAGUACGCGACGUUAUAGUAAGAUGUAGUUAUGUGUGUGCUCAUAUUCUAGACUUGAUAUAUCAUAUUUCAUGUUUGAUGAACACCUUAAUACAUAUCCCUAUUAUUUUGGAAAA